GCGGUUAUCAGUCAGCCAACCAUUUCCAGCUAGAACGUUCUGCCACAAACAUGAUAUGGACGGUUUUAUGCAUCGGGUUUCUCAAAUUUGUGAAUGUUCAUGGAUGUGGGGUGGCUCUAUCACUGACUGGCCGUGAAGUCCCCAUGAGAAAUCGCUGGAACGUGUUUUACCACGCGGUCAUUGGAAUAGGAACGCCACCUCAAGAAUUGAGUGUUCACUUCGAUACAGGGUCAAUGGAUUUAUUUGUCUAUAAGGAGGGCUACACAAUGAUACCUGGCGGACAACUCAACCCAAAAUUCAGACCUAACACAUUUAACCCUGGUGAAAGCAGAACCUUUGAACGCCCUCCGGAGGAACUACGGUUCGAUGGUCAAUUUGCAUCCGGAUCAAAACUAAAAGGAUACGCAGGAAUAGAUUUCAUUACGAUAGGGAGUGGAGAAAAUAAAAUCAAAAUCAAAACCCUGAUCAGUAUUGCUGACCAAGUAUCAGAAAGUGGACAAGGAGAAGCCGAUGGUGUAUUUGGACUCGGCUUUACCAUGGGAAGCAAACUCGAAAAAGAUAAAGUGAUAUCACCUUUAGAAACCAUUUUCUCACAAACUGAAGUGUGCGGUGCGGUGAGCUUUUAUGCAGGGAGACUUAACUCUGAUCUGACUUAUGAUUCUCCCCCGAUCCUUUCCGAUCCUUUGAGCGGGGAGCUGUAUUUUGGAGGUUUCAACAAAAAGUAUCUGCAGAAUCCAAAUAGACCUGACAUAAUUACAGCCAAGGUUACUCCAAGAAGAGAUGCCCGCGGUUGGGCAAAUACGUACGUUUAUACGUACUGGGAAAUUGAAACAAAAGGGUUAUUUGUUGGAAAUGCUCCACUGAACAGGGGAUCUAGGGGAUUCAGCAAAAUUAUUCUGGAUACAGGGUUUUCGGACAUUGGAAUUUCAUCUCGAGAGAUGACACUACUGAUUUCUGAACUAUUUAAAGGUGAUCAAAAGCUUUCAAGAGACGCACUCAGAGGAUAUAUUGACUGUAAGAUACUACCGGAUGAACUGCCAAGUGUUACAUUUAAAAUCCUUGAUACGCAAAACAGAAUAAGGGAUCUUGUUUUACAGCCUAACGACUACAUCCAAUCUACCAAAGACGAAACCAGGUGUAAAUGGCGUUUCAUGGAAAUUGGAAAUAAUCUGAAUUUUUACAUGUUAGGUGUACCUUUCUUUCAAAAGUACUACACUUUAUUUGAUUUUGAAAAUAAAGAGGUGUCAUUUACGUUGGCAAAACAAGAUGUCACAAAGAGUAUUCAACCUGGCAAAGCUGCGAAAGAAUUGGUCCAAAAGCAACUGGAAGCAUUUAAGAGGAGGAUGGAAGGCGGAUCAUAAAAAAGUCACAUACUUUACUGUAGUUUUUCAAUGCGCUACAAUAUUGUGUAUGGGUUUUCCGAAGGAGUAAAUAAAUAAAUUUGAUC